CUCUCACGCAGCGUGCACUUAGUUUUGGAGGCAAAGCAGUAGCUUUAUUUGUCGGGAGACUGAAGUUCUGAGUUCUCCUUCAUUUUCGAAGACAUAUUAAACCAGAAUAACAAUGCGUAUAUAUUUUUGUGGCAGUAUCCGGGGAGGGCGACAGGACCUACUCCUUUAUCAGAGAAUUGUGGAAAAAUUACAAACGUAUGGGAAGGUUUUAACGGAGCACGUCAGCCAUGGUGACAUUUCUGAAAAAGAUGAAGGAGCAGAACUGAAAGAUGACCGAGCAAUACACGACCGAGACAUGGACUGGCUCGUAACGGCCGAUGUGAUAGUGGCCGAGGUGACGCAACCCUCACUUGGCGUUGGGUACGAGCUGGGCCGAGCGGUGGCCAUGCACAAGAAAAUCUUCUGCCUCUUCCGUCCCUCUUCUGGACGCGUCCUGUCUGCCAUGAUCCGGGGGGCCGAUAGUGGUUGCCAGAGUUCUGUGUUCCAAGUGCGAGACUACUCAGAGGCUGACGUGGAGACCGUUCUGCAAGAGUAUUUCAGCAGCCUCAAGCCCAAUGCUGAUGCCCAUUAAUGUGCUAUUUACAGGACAUCUUAGGCCUGCGACAGCGCAACAGCUGUGCUGCUGUAGUAGCUACAGGUAGCAAAUGGUCAAUCAGUUUUACUUUCUCGGGAACGGAUCGUUUUCGAUCAACAUGUAUGCAGAAAGUCUCUAUUUUUCAUUUUCCUAAAAGCAACAUGUAGGAAACUGAUACAAAUGAGAAUGUGACACAUAGUUGCGCAUGGAAUCAAGGAAAGUCGGUGUGAAAAGCGGUCAGUGUAAGUGAUUCUUUUUUUUUAAUGUGUUUGUGUUCCGGCAAGCAAUUGUAAUAAAUUCUUAAUAAAGAGUAAUAAAGUUAAGCUGAGGUAAAGGUUGUUUCAAUUUUCUCUUCUUUUUUUUGCUCUUUGUUUUUGAAUGAAACACCCUGGCUUGCCUUGCAGUUCCCGCGAGACUGGUAAUGUUACUUUGUUUUUUUGUUCAUUUCUGUUCACGCUUCAUUUUUAUUCCAAGUUUUUCCUCACCAUUUAGGAAUGACCAAUUGUAACUAUUGGUCUGUCCCGUCCUCUAAAAUUUGGAGGGUGCACUCUAGCGCAGCCAUCAUUCAGUAUGUGUAUCAUCAGACUUUGCACUCACAGUUGGUGCGGACAGGCUGUAGUUCUGUGAUCGACCAGAGGGGUCACUGUUGAGCAGUGAGUUGGGGGACACCCUGCUGACUCAUACCCUUGUUCUUCGUCCUUCCCAUGUGAAAAGUAAUAUGCUGAAAUAUAAUUAAAUUUAUAUCAAGUAUGUCAAGUAAACUAUUUUUUCACAUGGGUCACCAGGGCAAUGCUGUUGCCAGUUGUGCUUUGCCUGGACUUUUUCUACCAUUGUACUUUCGCAAUGCUGUCUGGGGCAAAUUAUCAUUUCAAGUGUCCUCCAAGAAGAACUGAUGAGCUUCCUGGAUCAAUAAGCUCUUAACAACCAAAAAAGUGAAGUUGUCUCGUUUUAUGUGAUGGGUCUGUAUGUUUUCGCCUAUUGGCUGCAGCAUGCUUAUGGGUGGCCUUGAAUAAGUACCUAAAUCUCAUCUCUCUGUGUGUUUCUCUCUCCCCCUCUGUAUAUGUGUAUACAUCAUGUCAUAUCAUAAUUCCUCAAAAGAAAUUACUACUGGCGCCCCUUGAUUCAAUAAAACAUUUCUAAAUCUCCACUGAGUAAAA